AUGGAGAUGAUAUUUGAUACAGCCUUCAGAGGUCUGAGACGUCAUCCUGAGAGCAUUCUGCUGUAUUUCACAAUGGCAGAUUCCCACUUGUGGGUCGCAGUUCUAGAUGGCCAAGUAGUAGGUGUUGUAGCAGUGGUUGGCCAGAAGGGAGGGGGUUUUGCUGAACUGAAGCGCAUGUCAGUUGACCGCAGGUGUCGGCGUUGUGGCGUGGGCAUGGCCCUUGGCAGUAAAGUUCUGGAGUUUGCCAAAACCCAGGGAUAUUCAACUGUUGUCCUGGGAACCACAGCCUACUCACCUGCUGCACACAAGCUCUACCAACGACUGGGAUUCCAAUGUAGUGGAGUCACCAAUGGAUAUGUCUCAGAUGUUCAUGCAUUGAAAAACAGCCCUAUAAGGGUUGGUACACUUUUCCUUGGGUUGCUGUGUGCCUUCCUGGUGGCUGGAAUCAUUGGUCAAGCAAUCUACAACGGGAAAGUGGUCAAAGAUCAUGAGAAUACAUUAGAAGCUGCCAGAAAGGAGAAUGAAAUCCUACAGUCAAAACUGAAGAUUGUACAAAAUGACAAGACUAAUCUUGAAAUCAACCAUGGGCAUUUACAAUCAAGUUUUAACUACAUGUCUAAAUCAACAAAUCAAGUACAAAGCAACAACAACUUACUAACAAAUGAAGUGAACACACUUAAACAGAGUCAAAGCAAUUUGCAAGUCACUAAUGCUGCUUUGAACAAAGAACGUGAGCAGCUUAAGGCCAGUAAGGAGCAGCUACAGACUAAUAAUAAGGCCUUGUCGACUGCUAAAGACUUACUACAAACAAAGAUUGAAUCACUGACCAAGAGCAAAAAUGUCUUACAGACCAACUACGACUCUGUGACUAAUGAAAGGGACAAUUUGCAGAGAAAAUUCAGUAAUGCAACAAGUUCAAAAGAGGAGUUGCAAACGAAUUACAACAGCCUGAUCAAGAAUAUUGAGCACCUACAGGAAAAACACAGAAUCUCCUCAAGCGAGAGGGACAGCGUUGCCAGCAGUCACCAGAAUCUAACAUUGGAAACAGCACAUUUACAGAAUGCAUACGCCAUACUCGCCAAUGGCACUAACAACUUAAUAUCUUCCUACAAUUCUGCAGUCUUAGAGAAAGAAGCCAUUGAAACCCGCUUGCAAAAUAUGACUGCAGAAAGAGACCAGCAGAGAGUGAAUAUCAGCAACAUGAAUGCAGAGAUAAACCAGCUGCAGGCUGACAUCUCAACUCUGAAUGCAACAGUGCAAGGUAAGGUCUGUCCGAGUGGCUGGAAGAAGUUUGAGAAAAGCUGCUACCUUACUUCUACAUCAAAGAAGACAUGGUACCUGAGCAGGAACAACUGUCAAUCAAAAGGAGCAGACCUGGUUAUCAUAAACAGCCAAGACGAAAUGGAAUUUGUUAAUGGCUUGUUGUCAGGUGCAACCGAGGGCUGGAUUGGACUGAGUGAUGAGGGAAUUGAGGGUCACUGGAAGUGGGUGGACGGAACCCUAUUGACCUUAUCUUUUUGGGCUGACGACCAGCCCAACAGCUUUGAUGGUGACCAGGACUGUGUUGAGCAUUGGCACCGCUCUUCGGGGAAGGGCAAAUGGAAUGAUGCAAAAUGCAGCUCAAAGAAAAAUUGGGUAUGCGAGAUGUAG